AGUACAUACUUAUAUACUUACAGCUCACAAGUCACAAAACAUUCUUGGUUACACUACAACUCAACUUUCUACCACCCUUUUCUCCAUAUGGAAACCCUUUUGCCUUAAAACCAAUCUUCUUCAUCUCAUCUCCCCCCCAACUUUGAAACCCUAGAUCGGUCUGUGAUCAGCUCGGCCGGUGCACACCAUGAUGAGCAGUGACUAUAAAUGUGAGCCAAUUCAUAAUAAUAGUAAUACUAAUGCUGAAGAAACUCAAUAUCAUCAUCCUCAUCGUCAUCUUCAUCAUCGGGCAGAAGAAGAAGAAGAAGAAGAAGAUCAUGAUCAAAGUAACAAGCAGCAAAAAAUAGGGCGCGGAAAGACUCAGAUCAAGUUCAUCGAGAACCAAACCAACCGCCAAGUCACCUUCUCCAAACGCCGGAAUGGGAUUUUCAAGAAGGCUGGUGAGCUCUCUGUUCUUUGUGAUGCUAAGGUCUCUCUCAUCAUCGUCCCCAACAACAAUAAACUCCAUGAAUACAUUACCCCAGGAGCCAACACUAAGGAUAUGCUUGAUCUGUAUCAAAGAACCAAAGGGGUUGAUCUGUGGAAGUCUCAGUACGAGGCAAUGCAACAAACCUUACGCCAACUUAAAGCUAAAAACUUUGAACUGAGGACACAGAUCAGGCAGAGAUUGGGUUACGAUCUGAAUGAUCUGAGCUUCCAUGAGCUGAGUGAUCUUGAGAAUAGUAUGCUUGCUUCUGUGGAAGCUAUACGCCACAGAAAGAAUCACAAGAUCAAAACUCAGGCUGAAACCACCAAGAAAAGGAACAAGAGCUGGGAGGAAAGAAACUCAGUCCUCGUGCAUGAAAUUCAUGCAAGGUGUGAAGAUCCACCAUAUGGUUUAGUGGAAGACAAUGAGGGAGCAGGCUAUGAAUCAGCAAUUGCAUUGGCUACCGGGGCUUCCAAUCUGUACGCUUUCCGCCACCACCAGAAUAGUCACUCAGCUCUGCACAGCGGCGGCGCAGGAGGAGGAAGCUUAAUCACUACUAGUCACUCCGCUCUUCACAGCGGUGCUGGAGGUGGCGGUGGCGGUGGCGGUGGCUAUGAUUCGUUCGAUCUCCGCAACCUUCGCCUCGCUUGAUCAGAUUAAGCUCUGCCUGAUCUGAUCAGUAUUACUAUUAUAUAUGUAUUCUCUAAUUAGUGUUUGCACUAUAUAUAAUGCUAAUCUUAUUGAUUAAGUUCUGGUUGAACCAAAUAUGGUUAGGGCUUGGAGUGCAUGCAUUUAACUCCAUCUCUUCUUUGAUUAUAUCAACCAAUGCUAAUUAUUAAUAU